AGGAAGGGUUGGAGCUGUGGCCAGAGCUGGUGACUGCAACUUCAGAGAGGGAAGCGCCUGGAGCCACUGAAGCUCACGAUAACCAAAGGCCUCACAUGACCUUGUGCUCUGCUCUGUCAUGAUGAAAGCGCUCGUCACCCUCUGCGUCCUCAGCGCUCUCCAAGCGACCGCGGCAGCUCAGGACAAAAUGGGGAUGCCUCUGACCUGUUUCUAUUGCAAAUCUGGGCAAAGCUGUCUCCACAACCUCCCCCAGACCUGCUCCUCGCCCCAGGAUGCCUGCAUCAUGAUUCAAGAACAUAACACGCUCUCCUUUUCACCUGGCAUUGGGAAUCUAGGCAUGUACCAGUCCUGCGCCGACUCCCGCCAGAGCCUCACGGGCUUCCUGGCUUUUUACUUCGGGGACACAGUGAUGGUGGAGAUCCUGUUGGAAAUUUGCAAGAUCAACAACUGCAACGCUCAUUUCGUGCCCACCAGGCUGGCUAUCAGCAGCGUCCGCAACGGGCUGCAGUGCCCGGCCUGCUACGCCCCAGGCUCCGAGAGCUGCGAGAGCGACGGGAGCCUGCGCUGCACGGGAGGUGCCGACCAAUGUGCUGUCGUCGUCGGGACGCUGGUGCAAGGUGAUGUCACGAUCCCGUUUGCAGCCCGGGGUUGUGCUACGUGGACGGCCUGUGAAAUCAAGACGCUGGAAUCGGGGGUGUUCACCUACAAUCUCACCAAUGUCCAGUGCAGCCCAGCGCCCAGAGCGCAGACCAGCAGCGCCACCCGGACUCUGGCCUGGGGUCCCGUCACCCUGGGCAGCAUCAUUCCCCGGGUUCCCCUUUUCCUCCCUGCCCUUCUGAGACUAUUCCUCUGCUGACUGGCAGGACCCCCCUGGGCCAUUGGUGUCUCAGUAUAACUGGUGCGCUCCGGCCUGUCCCUUCCCCUGACUGUGCCUCAGUUUCCCCCCCUCUGUAAGGGGGAUAACAAUGGUGAGCUGCCAUUGUAAAGGGCUUUGGGAUCCUUGAAGGGGCGGGGGGUUGCGACAAAGCCCGAUGCAGCCGAGAGGAGACUCUCUGCUAAUUCCACUGGAGUUCGGAGCAAAGUGCUGUGUAUCAUUAAUAUCCCCUCACAGACUCUCAAAGAUCCCUGGGAGGGAACAGAACCCAGGAAUCCUGACUCCUAGCCCCACUGUGCUAACCACUAGACUCAGUUCCCUUCCACAUCUGGUGCUAAAACCCAAGAGUCCUGGCUCUCAGCUCCCCAGAAACUCCAGAAAUGGUCUGAAUCCCCCUGUGCGUUUCUAACUGCUCUGAAUAAAGCACAAUCAGAGAUUCAGU